UCCGUUGGUGGUUUAAGGGCGGAGCUGUAGUGGUUUUGGGAAGGGGAGUUGUAAGCGUUCGGUCGUUCAGAAGGGGGCGGUCGUGUGAAGCCGCCUCGUCUGUCUGCAACUCCGCCAUUAAACCAUCGACGGCGAGGAGGAGAAAGCAGCCUUAGAGAGAGAAAGCGGCGAUCAGCUAUUGCGGAGACCGGCGGCAGCCUCCCCGCUGCCCUAUUUCCAGCCAGGGAGGGCAGCCAGGGAUUCUAGUUCUGCCGCGUGGCCUCGCGCACCGAGACCCCGCGCAGUCGUCUACUCGGAGCUGGGCGACCGGGAGAGAGUCACACCGGCCUCCUCGUCGACUGCGGAAGAAGCUCUUUUUCCACUCAGGAAUACUGCCAGGGAAUGGUGAAGCGGCUUCUGACAAUGUCAGUUCUUUUGUCACCAAGUAAACCUCAUCAACUCAGAUUCAUUCCCUUGAAGAACUAGAAGAUCAACAAAGAAGGCACAAGUUCAGUCGUUUCUUCUGUGUUUCUUGCAAGACUUUCAGGGAUUUCAAAGUGUGAAGAUUUUUGUCUAGGAUACAGUCGGCCAGGAGGAAUAAUCCCUAGCUCUCGAUCUGCUGUAAUCUAAUCAAGGGACCAGUGAAAGUGAUGAAGAAGCAAAAAUCUAUAGGUCCAGAAAUAGAAGUCAGACAAGACAGAGCAGGAAAAGCAAGCAGUGUACUUCAAUCUGGAUUUAUAACUGAGCGACCAGGAUGGGGAACAACACAAGAGGGCAAAGGGGACCCUUGGAAGGGGAUGCAGGAGCGCUGGGAAGCCCAAUGGCAAGAGUUCCUGAAGACCCUGCAACCUACUGACGCAGGAGGGGGAAACCUACCAGCGAUGCCUGAGUCUGCCCCCUGGGAAGAUGCCAAGGCCUUCCUGGCCUCCUUCGAGCAAGUGGCCAAAGCCUGCCGGUGGCCUAGAGGAGAGUGGGUGGCCCGGCUUCUGCCAGCCCUGAGCGGGGAAGCGGAAGAAGCUUUUAGCAUAUUAGAAGCCGGAGAUCAGGAGGACUAUGGGAAGGUGAAGGCGGCCAUCUUGCGAGGGGAUGCCCUGAGGAUGGAGGUUCAGCGCCAGCACUUCAGGCAAUUCUGCUGUGAGGAGGUGGAGGACCCCCGAAGGGUCUACAGCCAGCUGCAGGAGCUUUGCCACCAGUGGCUGAAGCCGGAGAGACGCAGCAAGGAGCAGAUCCUGGAGCUGCUGAUCCUGGAGCAGUUCCUGGCCAGCCUCCCGCCGGAACUGCAGGGCUGGAUCCAGGAAGGAGGCCCAGAGACCUGCACCCAAGCAGUGGCCCUGGUGGAGGAUUUUCUGAUGCGCCAACAAGAGACGAAAACAGGGAAAUGGCAGGGGCCAUCGCAGGAGGUGUGCUUGGGUUCCCUGGGUGCAGAGGAAGCACCCUUGGGUGCUGCGCAGGGGCAGAUCUGCCAUGAAGCGAACUGGAGCAGUGAUGGGGAGAUCAGUUUGCUGGGCAGUGGAAUCAAAUGCACAAGUCACUCUAGUUCAUUGCUUCCUCCGGAAGGACGGGGAUUGGCUGAACCCGGACUGAAUGAGGGGAUGAUGAGCUUCAAGGAGGCCGGUGUGUCUUUGCACGUGGUUGAACCAACUGUAAUGCAGCCAGGCCAACAGACAAUGUUCUGGCAAGUCCUACAGGAGGAGGAUGGGAACGCAGAUUCCUUGGAGGGAUUUUUGGCACCCAAACCUGACCUCUCCUCCCAUGCCCAGAAAGAGGAAGAGAUGUUCCACCAGUUUUCGGUGAGAUGUGAGCGACGCUCAGGCCAAGAUACAGGUGAUGGGAAGGGAAGUCAGCUCAAAAUGGAGAAUUCUCAGUAUGGAGGAAAUGAGCUGGAGGAAACACCCAGGAUGCUACCAGAGAUAAGCCAAGGGGAUGUGCCACUAACUGCUGAUAUGCAUGAGAACAGAUGUGACGGGAAGAGAAGUUGGAUCAAGGUGGAGCAUGCUCAGCAUGGAGGAAAUGAGCUGGAGGAAUCUUCUAAGACACUACCACGGAUAGGUCAAGGGAAUAUGUCCGUGAUAGCCAAGAUGCACCAGGAAAGAUGUGUUGGGAAGAGAAGUUGGAUCAAGAUGGAGAAAUCUCAACUGGGAGAGACUUCACCGGCAGAAACGCACAGGGCAUUAGCAGAAGCAUCCCAAUGGAAUUUUCCUGUGUCAUCUGAAAUAUAUGAGGAGAGAUGGGAAUCAAAAGGGCAACAGGAGAAGAAGCUGUUGGUGGAGAGAGAGAAUGAAUACAGUGAGGUUGUACAUGGUGUUCCAGCUGCCGCACGGGGGGGAAAGCUGUUGGUCUCCAAGCACAACAGAAAAUCCCGCUAUAAAACAGGGCUUGUUAUGAACUCUGCCAGAGAGAACUUCUAUAAAAAUCCCACUCUGGGGCAAAGCAUCGGGCAGAAGUGUUACGUGGAUAACCAUCAGGGAAUCCAUGCAGGUGAGAAACAAUAUGAGUGCAAGAAAGGUUUUUGGCAUGGAGAUGAUUUGAUUGGAUAUCAGAAUAUUCAAACACAGGAGGGACCUUAUGAAUGUCUUGAGGAUCGGAGAAGCCUCGGUAACAGGAAGACAUUAAAGAGAGAUCAAGGAAUUCAAACGGAAGGGAGACGAUACCAGUGUACUCAGUGUGGGAAGUUCUUCAGACACAGACAAACUUUGACAAAACACCAGAAAAUUCAUACAGGAGAGAAACUGCAUGAAUGUCCUGCGUGUGGGAAAGGAUUUACUUCCAGGGAGCCGUUAUUGAGACAUCAGAGAAUCCACACUGGAGAGAAACCAUACGAAUGUCCCCAGUGUGGUAAGUGCUUUAGACAGAGAGUACAUUUGAUGUGUCAUCAGAAAACCCAUACAGGAGAGAAACCAUUUAAAUGCUCCGAAUGUGGGAGAAACUUCUCUCGGAGAGAUAAGCUAAUAAGACAUCAGAGAAUUCACAGAGGACAGAGGCCUUAUGUGCACCUUGAAGGUGGAAAGAGUUUUGAUCUGAAAACGUCACUGAUGAAGCAUCAGAGCAUCGAAGAAGGGCACUGAGAGACUUUUAAACUUCAUAGCUUUUUCCAUUUUUUUCCUCUUUAAGAAGUGAAGCAGGGGUCCAGACUUCCUUAAAGUGGUAUUCAAAUCUCAGAGAGGAAGACUUUGUUGGUAAUCUGUGCUAUACAAUAAAGCGUAUGCAUUAUGUGGUGGUUAAUGAACAGGUCUGUGUGUUUUUUA